GGAGCUUCGGCUUCGGGACAGGCUGCUCAGCAAGCGGCGGGCACGGGCCGGAGGGACCCUCGCUGAAGUGAAUGCAAGCCGGUCAAGGCCUGUGUGCUUGGCCAGCAUGUCCGGCGAGCUGACCCAAAGUGUCAUCAAGAGAAUAGUCCGCCAGGUGGGCCUGGAGUGCGCUGCCCAGGGACAAAGCCUCUCGGAAACCUUGGUGGCCUUCAUGGUGAAAGCUGUUGUUUUAGAUCCAAGAAAUGAUUUUAAUAUGGAUCGAAUCCUCACAGAAAACGAUAUGCAGGAUCUUAUCCAGCUCUGUGUUACCAGACUGCUUGACACAACAAACCCAUCCCUAAGCACAAUUAAGAUGCAAGUUUACUUUGAUAUGAACUAUGCAAACCGAGAUGAAUUACUGAGUGAACAGGAGCGUGUUCUGGAAGGAAAACUGGCUCCUGUAGUUAGAGCCAUCACAGAGAGUGGUCCACGUGCACAAGAGGAAAUGGAGAAUGUGUAUCAAAAUAUCGUUACCUAUGUGCUGCUGAGAUCUGGCCUGGGAUCCCCAACAGAUAUUGAGGCUGUCAGGGAGGUAACAGCUGCCUUGCAGAGUGUAUUCCCACAGACAGAGAUGAUUACUUUCAUCUCACUCAGUAAGAAGGACAAAGAACAACAGCUGAAAGAUCUUGCCAUGCUAGUGACAGGAAUUCGUUUGUACAACAAGCAGUGCCAGAAAGGAGGAAGCUGCAUUGAUGACUUGCCAGGCAUCCUGAGUGAAGCCAUUCCCUCGGCCACACAGACUCUCGAUGAACGUCUGAACUCCUGCCAGCUGCUGGCCCACCGCUACACGGCCCUGCUGGAAUCCAUGCAGGAAGACCCCCAAAGGUUCUCCCAGCUUAAGUUUUUUAAAUUGAAAGAAGCACUAUUCAAUGUGAGACAGUACGAAGCCUUCCUUUGCAUCCUCCAGUCUAAUACAAUUACAAGUGCUCAAGAAGUUGAAUCACUGGAUGUUCAGUUUGAAGCAGCAAUGAUGGUAUUGAAAAACACAGUGCAGAAUAAGACUUCCAUAGAGUCCAGAGAAGUUUUUCCUCUGUUUAUGGAACUUUCUAAGCUUUGGACCGGCUUUCAGGAUGAAAUGCUACUGCUAACCUUCCUCACAAAUAUGGCUGACAAUCUACAACAAUUCUUGGAAAUCCAAUCACAGCUUUUUCCAGAGGAAAUGCUAACAUCUCUUCUGGAAGGAGUUACCGUGAAAAGUGAUGUGGAAAGGAUAAAAGAAACCAUGGGAACCAGAGUGAAUGUUUCUGAUUUCACGAACCAAGAAUGGCUUUUUCCAGAGACUACUGAUAAUUUUGAUCAGUUGCUGAUCCAGUACCAUGGUUUCUGUGCACAUUCAAUUGGUGUGAAAGGUAUCACCCUACCAGGAAAUCCUGCUAUUGGAAUUUUGAAGCACAAGGAGAAAUAUUAUGUAUUCAGUUCAAAAGAAGCUGCAUACAUCUUUGCUGAAGAUCCAGAUAAGUUCAUUCAAUUGAAUAUAGAAAAAGCAAAAAAAUAUGCAGAGCUAAUUCAACUGCUUGAGCUCCGUCAUCAGUUUGAAUACCUUGUUCCACACGCACAGGCCAGAAAGGCAAGCAAAAGUUCGAUGAAACCACCCCCAAAACGUGAGACUGGUACUCAAACUGAUACUCAUAUCUUGCCUCCAACUAUUGUGAGAUCAUAUGAAUGGAAUGAAUGGGAACUGAGAAGAAAAGCUAUAAAAUUGGCCAACUUGCGCCGCUUGUUAACUCAUUCCAUGCAGACUGAUCUCAGCCACAUGAGAAGAGAGAACUCCACCCAAGUGUACUUGCCAAAAGAUGCUGGCACCCAGACUAAGCGUGACAACUCAAGCAAUGUAUCCAAACCCCAGAUUUUCUUGAAAGGUCUCCGAGGAGGAUCAUCUCCCACUACUCAUAUGGUCACAGUAGACUUAACAAGACCACUGGAUGAAACUUAAGUGAAAAGGAAAAACCUGAAGCUGCAUCUUGAAUGUGUAUAUAAAAAUCCCUGAAUAUAUUUGAAUUUAGACACAAAAGAUUUUGCUAUGUCUGUUGAUUCCAGGAACAGUUGGUCUAUUUCAUUUAUCUUAUCUGUUGGGACUGCUGACUGGCAUUAAGUGACAGAAGUGAUAAGCCUGAAGCACAGAUUUUAAAUAGCAGUUUAGAAUCAAGAUGUUCCCAAGGACUUUCACUUCCAACAUUCAAAUAUGUAGCAUUCUGGGAUUUUACUGAAGUUUUAAUGCAACAAUUGUUGAAAUACUGUCUUAGAGCAGAAUUGGCAAGAAGGCAAAACCAACAAAAUGAAACCAGUCUGGGUCUUUGGGCCUGUCUGUUUGUGCUGGCAUUAACCCAACCCAAUGAGUGUAGACCAAGGCUGGGAGGUUGAGAAGAGGGCACCUGUUUUGGGUGGUUCUGGCACCCUUUUAGGUCUCUAGCAAUUUCUGGCUAAACAGUGUACUGGUGAGCACACUGCAAACCAUAGGAACUUGACUUCAGGGGACGUUUUUGAAAGCUCUGUUUUAGUUGUGUUUGAAAAACUAAAGCACAAGAGAGAAAAGGUUUUUAUCUUUAUGUCAUUGUGGCAAAGAAAUAUGUGCCAGGUCUGAUCAAUGCAACUGCAGAUGGUAUUUCUGUUUGUGAAAACCCGAAUUAUUUGAGCUUCAGGAUGAAACAUCUUCUCAAAUGGAAAUGGGGUACUUUAAAACAGAGAUUCUUGAUUCUUUUG